UCUUGAGGCACGCUCGCUCCAGCUUGUGCUCGCUGCGUCGUCGCAACGAUGCCGCCCGAGAGUUCUCGCCAGAGGUUACGCUCCAACCACGCUUGCCUCAACUGCAGGAGGAAGAAGAUUCGCUGUCCAGGCGAAAAACCGGCUUGCUCAUGUUGUGUACGCCUCAAUCAGCAGUGCUCCUACGCUGCUGCUCCCGCAAGAGCGGUACUAGGUGAGCAAUCUCGAGAUAAACUAGCCGACCUGGAAGAAAAGGUAAAUCUUAUCUUGAGCGGAAACAUACCGAUUCAGACAACACGUCAGGAACAGAUCCUCGAGGAGAUCAAGACAUCUUUGUCUUCGAAAACAGGUCAUCAUGCUCCAUCGAAUGAGCGCAGAUACAGCACCAACCAUAAUAGUAGUUCCUCGGCGAGGUUUCCAGUUGAAGAACCCGCUCGAGGGGUAUCAGGGUCAAAAGCCAUAGAUCUAUUCUUCAAGUACUGGCAUCGACAACCGCUAUGGUGCUUCAAUCUUGAUGAACUGGAAGAUCAGGACGAUCUUCCCGACGAGCUGGUGUGGAGCAUCCAGGCACUUGCCGCACCGUUCACACAAGACCCUGAUCAAUGGCAACAUUACGCAAACAAUGCCAGAAGGUUGAUCAUGUUCCGUGUUGCAAAUGGAACAGUGGAGCUAGCGACGAUUGAAAGCUUGUGUUUUCUUUCCUACUCCUUUUUUAUAAAUGCAGAAGGCCAUCUCGGUCAAUUUCAUCUAUCUCUUGCUUCUCAGCUCUGCCGCUCUGCUAUGUUGGAUCUCGACUCCUCAUAUAAUGAAAACGAUCCACUAACAGAACGGAAAAAGAGACUCUUCUGGAGUCUUCAAACGCUAGAGCAGACUUACGGUCGUCAGACUGGACUUCUGAAUGUUCCGACCGAGACAUGGCGUCCUUGGUUUUCUUCUCACCAAGGUGCUAAUAAACAUCGUCAUCCUCCACUUCCAAGAGAUGAUAUUGGGUGUUCGUCACCAAAUGAUACUGGAAUUUGGAGCAUGACUGUCUACUUUGGAUGGAUUUGGAGCAGAGUCAGAGCCUACGUAACUGAUUGCUCGAAUAAUCAAUUAAAAGAACCAUGGUGGCACGAUUCAACAUAUGCGAUGAUCCUGUCGGAUCUGAUGGAAAUUGAGAAUCGUACCCCACUAUGUCACCGAUAUGAACAGGUUAAAUUCUAUGAGCGCAAGGCAGAGGAACUACGUCUGAACCGAGCUUACUGGGUCCCCUGGCUUAAGGCUCAGUUUAUGUACCACGCCAUUCUCACCAUUUUAAACCAUCCGUUUCUUUACAUUGUCGCUUCAAAACAUAACCCAAACCUCGCAAUCCCAAACAGCUUUUGGAGGAGGUCAUCCGAAUUGGUUUUGUUGCAUGCAACGUGGAUUGUUCGCCUAAUUGAUAUGGUCUUGGAGAAGCAAGUACGGCUGGUAGAUCCCUCCAUUUGCCACAUGGCCGCCAUUGCAGCCACAGUUCAACUUUACUUUUGCUGUUCUGCAGAUCCUCGGCUCAAAUUCAAGUCAAAUGUGGACCUUACGAAGUGCAGGAGAUUUUUGAAAAGCUUUGUACCGCUUUCCCGUGCCUGCGAAGCUUUGAACGAAACUCUUGACAAAAUGAUGAGCAUUGCAUCCGGCUCAGAAAAUAUGAAUUACGAAGAUUGGAUGCCAUCUAAAAUUCACUUGAAUAUCUCUUUAAUGUGGGAUAUACUUCAAUUCAACUGUAAUAAUAAUCUGUCAUCACAAGAAACACUAACAAGCAAUUUGCUGCAUUCCUCGCUCACUCCACUUCCGAGUGACCGGGAGGAAGAAAUGGACGACGACUGUUCCACGCUCGAAAUAAUAGCUACUACAUCCCCAGAGGUCACCGUCGACACCGCUGAUGGAGGCCAAGCUGUGCCUAUGUCAUUCUAUCGUGCUUCCGUCCCUUCAGCGGCAUCAGGAAAUACCCCAACAACCACAGGAACUAAAUCAUCGCAGCAAGAAAAAUUAGUUGCACCUCCAGAAAAUUUCAUGUUCAAUUCCAGCACACCCUGGCUAUGGGCGGAUCCUACUCAGUUUGAGGACAUGGAAAACAUGAGUUACGUCGAUUUUCAAACCAUCCCAGGUAGUGCUGGUGGCUCUGCCUGGUGGGAUCUUGGAAACCUAUAAUGACGUUCAUCCCUGACCCAAGGUAUGAAAUUGACGACCUGCUUGAUUGCGACAGCGAUUUUGUACAGUUUCCCACAAAAGCCAUGCGCGCGACCAUACAUUACCGGUUUUGUUUGUGACUGCUCCGUAUAGAAUUCAAUCAUUUUGAAACAUUUGACACUCUAUCUCUUCGGUACUCACUCAAGUUGCAAUUUCUGGUGUCUAAUAUCUGCCAUAUCAAUCACCUUCGAAACCGCCCGUGAAGAUGCCAACGCGACAAUCCCCAUGGAACCCACGUGCAAUUCUCGACGCCUCAGUACUCUCUUGCCGACCGGACCCCAGUUGGGAAAGCCCGAAACGCGUCCCUAGAUAUUUCUAGCGUGCUCAACAUCUUCGAAAACGGAGUAAUUGUGUUCAAAUUUGGGAGGAAGAGUCCAGAUAUUCCCUCGCCGACAUUCAAACCAAACCGG